ACUGACCAUAUAUUUUUUAUUUGCCUUUGCAUAAACUGUUGUCCUAGAGAGCACAGACACUGAAAACAGCACAACAGGCAGAUUAUAGUUAUAACAAUUCCGAUUAAGCUUAAUACAAAAGGUCUAAGCCAUCCUGUAAGGGAAGGCAACCAAUUAGUGAGCCAACUAAGAGAUGUGUCUUUGGGGAUUUUAGCUAUAUCUUCGGCUUUUUGGAUAUGGACAGCUGCAUCAUUGAGGUGGGUUUGUACUAUUGUAAAAGAACUGUUAACCCAAACACAACAUUCUGGUUCAAUAACCGCACAAGCUCCUCCUUGAGCAGCAAGGAGAAAAUCCAGGGCUAUACGGUUUUGAAUUACCAUUUGUUGGAGUUCUUCUUGGGUGUCAGCCAAGGCAGCAACGGCCUUCGAGAGUUCCUUGUGACCUUCACUGAAUUUAUGAGCCAUGAUUUUUAUCACAGCUUGCAAACGUAGUGUAAAUCUUUUAAGACAAGCAGUGCCUAUUCCUGGGAGUAUACCUGCUAAAGAACACCCGACUAAUACUCCUGUGAUAUGAAAAUGAUAACUCUACUUGACUCUGGACCUGAUUUUUGAUAGGCUCCAUUUCUCUUCUUGUCUUUAUGGGAAGUGUUCACAAGAUUUGUGCUGUGAAAGAAAAACUGUCAGAUGGCUUCAGAAUCUAUGCUCCCAGAGCAGGCAAAAACUCAUCUGAUAAAGAGGAAAAGGCAGCAGCAGCAACAGCAAGAGAGAUCUUCAAACAGUGAUAGUGAAGAUGAAAUCUUUAUCUUUGAAGCCAAUGAAGCAUGGAAGGACUUUCACAACUCUCUCCUUCACUUCUAUGAAGCUGGGGAGCUCUGUGACAUUACGUUGAAGGUUGGUUCAAAGCUAAUCUCCUGCCAUAAGCUGGUGCUGGCUUGUGUUAUCCCUUAUUUCAGAGCCAUGUUCCUUUCUGAAAUGGCUGAAGCCAAACAGACACUGAUUGAGAUUAGGGACUUUGAUGGUGAUGCCAUAGAAGAUUUAGUGAAGUUUGUCUACUCCUCCCGACUUACUUUGACUGUUGAUAAUGUCCAGCCUCUCUUAUAUGCAGCCUGCAUUCUUCAGGUGGAGCUUGUAGCAAAAGCUUGCUGUGAAUAUAUGAAGCUACAUUUUCAUCCCUCCAACUGCCUGGCAGUGAGGACCUUUGCAGAGAGUCACAAUCGUAUUGACUUGAUGGACAUGGCUGACCGAUAUGCAUGUGAACACUUUACUGAAGUGGUGGAAUGUGAGGACUUUGUCAAUGUGUCACCUCAGCACCUGCAUAAACUUUUGUCUUCCAAUGAUCUGAACAUUAAGAAUGAAAAGCAGGUUUAUAGUGCUGCUAUCAAGUGGUUUCUUGCCAAUCCCCAGCAUCGUACUUUAUGGUUGGAUGAAAUACUUGCUCAGGUACGUCUGCCUUUGUUGCCCAUUUGUUUCCUUAUGGGUGUAGUGGCAAAAGAAGAGAUUGUUAAACAGAAUCUAAAAUGCAGGGAUUUGCUGGAUGAAGCGAAAAACUACCACCUUCACCUGAGCAGCAGGGCAGUGCCAGACUUCGAGUAUUCCAUCCGCACAACACCAAGGAAGCAAACUGCAGGUGUGUUGUUCUGUGUUGGUGGUCGAGGUGGAUCAGGUGACCCAUUUCGCAGCAUCGAAUGCUACUCCAUAAACAAAAACAACUGGUUCUUUGGUCCUGAAAUGAAUAGCAGGAGGAGGCACGUGGGUGUAAUCUCCGUGGGAGGUAAAGUAUAUGCAGUAGGUGGACACGAUGGAAAUGAGCAUUUAGGCAGCAUGGAAGUGUUUGAUCCCCUCACUAAUAAGUGGAUGAUGAAAGCAUCAAUGAACACUAAAAGGAGAGGAAUUGCUCUAGCUUCCCUUGGUGGCCCCAUUUAUGCAAUAGGAGGGUUAGAUGACAACACUUGCUUCGGUGAUGUGGAGAGAUAUGACAUUGAAUCUGAUCGAUGGAGUGGAGUAGCAUCAAUGAAUACACCCAGAGGAGGAGUUGGCUCUGUGGCUCUUGUGAAUUAUGUGUAUGCUGUUGGUGGCAAUGAUGGUGUAGCCUCUCUUUCCAGUGUUGAGAAAUAUGACCCCCAUCUGGAUAAAUGGAUAGAAGUGAAGGAGAUGGGCCAACGAAGAGCUGGUAAUGGGGUUAGUGAACUCCGCGGUUGCUUAUAUGUUGUAGGUGGUUUUGAUGACAACUCUCCACUGAGCUCUGUUGAACGGUUCGAUCCUCGCAGUAACCAGUGGGAAUAUGUUGCAGAGCUUACAACCCCCAGGGGUGGAGUUGGUAUAGCAACGCUGAUGGGUAAAAUUUUUGCAGUUGGUGGUCAUAACGGCAAUGCAUACCUGAACACAGUGGAAGCUUUUGAUCCACUGGUGAACAGGUGGGAGCUUGUGGGAUCUGUCUCUCACUGCAGAGCUGGGGCAGGCGUCGCUGUGUGUUCUUGUCUUUGUAGCCAGAUCCGAGAUGUGGGUCAAGGAUCCAACAAUGUGGUUGACUGCAUGUGAACAAGUCUCUUGGAUUUCUCCAGAAUUCAAGUGGAAAACUGAAAAUUGCAGUAUGGAGGGACAUGACCUCAGCAGUGCUGCUCUGAGGUUUUUAAACCUACUGCUACAUUAUAAGGUAGACAAAAACCCUGAAAGCAUCUUGCAUGUGAUAAUGCAAGUUAUGGACAGCAUUCUGAAUCUUUUGAGUUAAAAUAGUCUGGGCAGAUAUGGAAUAAGGUCUAGCUUCUACUUUAAAAAAUAACCAGGGAUGUGUUUUCAAGUUUCCAAAAGUACAGAUAUGCUUGAGACCUUUGUUCUAGACUGAUAAUUAAACAAUAAAAGGGGAUAAAUUGUAGCGAAGCGAAUGUGCUUUGCAUUGUUGACUUUGACAGCACAUCCCACCUAAAUGUGUUUCUUAGGCUGGUAUAAAUUCUAGAUGUACAUUAAAAAUGACACCUUGGUGUUAAUCAGAAUUCAGUCUUAAAGAAUUGCUAGUUCUACAGCAUUUUACCAAUAUGAGUAAAGCUUUUGGUUGGUCUAAAGUAUAUGCAUCUCAUUUAUACAUAAAAAAGUAUACAGGUUAAUUGCCAGAACUUUAAGACUGUGGGUAUUCAACCCACAUUUAGUCUAUUUGUGGUAGAGCUGAGGUCCAGAGUACUGCUUGGUCUGUGUGGAGUUUAGAACAUUCUUCCUCAUGUCUAAAGUGUCCCCUGUAGAAAAGUUAAGUGUUAUAACAGAAAGCAUCCCUGAGGCUUCCUGUGUACUUUUCUUCUAUUUUUAGAAUAAGGUCUGUCUAGACAUGCACAACUUACAUGGUCUCUUGGAGCUUUUACAUUUGAUUGAUUUUAUGGAAACAGGAAUACCAUUGUUGGAAGACGUCACCAUGUCUAAAUGUUAUCCAGCUGAAAUCUAUCUUCCAACGUAACAAAGUGGCUAACAUUUUCAGUUUUUCAAUUCCAGCAACAACUUAGUGGCGGUGAGGCUGCUGGUUCUUUAUUAAAGAGCUCAGUUGUUAAGUAUUCAGACAACCAAGCAGCAAAUCUUCAAAUGAAAAAUCCUUGAUCAAGUUUUCCAGUGGUUUCUAAACCAAAGAAAAUAAGCAGAAAAAUGAUCUGGAGUCUAACAGUGUUGUUAUUGCCAAAGAUGUGUACAGACACUUGCUGAUUUGAUCUAUUUUUGAAUUGGAACAUAACUGUCCUGCCAUAAUAUCUAUUGCCACAUUGAAAGAUGUGUCCUAAUCCUGAUUUAAGCUACUAACGAGUUGUAGUUACUUAUGCACAUAGUGUAUAUUAUUUAAUUGCCACUUCUAACCUGAAUCUCUUCUAUGUAUUACCUCAACCUUUACCUAGUUGUAUGAUGUGAUUUUUUUUUUUUUGGGGGGGGUGCAGCUAGGAAGUUCUCUGAAAUCUUCCAGCUUGUAUAUGUUCACAAUUUUCUUAGUGGCAUGUAGCACUACCACUGUUCAGCCCUCUCUAUUGUUGCACUAAAGUAAUUAAAGAUGUGGGUGUGAACAGUUUACAAUAAUUGGCGAGAAUAUUCUGGCCUCUGCUCCUAAUGUAUUGAACACACAAGUAAAACUACUUUUACAAUAAAACGCCCAAAGAGGCAGUCUUACGUAGUCCUUCCAAAUGGUACAUGAAGACUUGCAUGGCCAGGCAUUGUCCGAGCAUUAGGGUGCAAUUAGGUGUUGUUCCUUUUCAUGCUCAUUACUCUCUAAACUAAGUUCUCUUCUGAGUUUUUAUAUAUUCUUUUACAGUUGUCUUCUAUGUCUCUCAUGUGGUCAGACCACAAAUUCUGACUAAUCACCUUUUACAGCAGUCAUCUUCCUGUUAGGCUGCUGUCUGCAUUCUGUUUUCUCUGACUGUGAGCACACAUCCUCUCAAUAUUCUUACUGACAUGGAUUAUAAAGAGGUCACCCUAAACUAUGAAACGCUUGCUAUUGCUUUCAGUUAACAGCAUUAGUUAUGCCAAGUCACAAAAUGGCAUUACUUAUGAUAAGCAUUUUGCUAAGGUUGUUUCAGGCCUACACUAUCCUAUUGAUUAGUUGGGUGCAGUACAGUAUUUGUCUUUGAAUUGGCCUUAGUUUUACAAUAGGUAUCUUGACAGGACAGCUUUGUUGAAAUUUCAUUUGCCUUGACCUUGCCUUAAGUUGCCUUCCUUCUAGCUUCAUUUGUAUAUUUAAAUGUGGUUCAUUGGAAUAUUUUAAUUAUUCAAUGUUUACCCUAUUAUAGCCACCACAGAUGUUAAACAUUUGGUAGGUACUAUAUAUGGAAUUAAUGCUGAUAUUUAUAAGAAUAUCAUGCAUAUUCUUAGAGGGAAAGAUGACUUGAAAUUGAAACCAGCAGUAGAGUUGAGAAACUGUAAGGCAAGGCAACAUUGCACUGUACAGAGAGCGACUAUUUUAUACACUGCUUGUAUAACUGAUGAGCAGUUUUUGGCAUAGACCACUACAAGUUCACAUGCCUGAAUUUUCCUGAAGAGACCAGCAGUUGACUGAAAUUUUACAUGACCAAAGUUUGACAUUAAAUAAUUGUUAGAAGGGAUGAGGGAGCAGUGUAUAGGAACAAAUAUUCUUCAGCUCCCUCUGUGCAAAAAUGAAGUUUAUUUCCUACCGAUGGGGACUCUUUACAAUCUUGUACCAUCUAUACUUUUCCCAGAGCCUGAUGAAGGGACUUGGAUCCCAAAAGCUUGCAGAAAAGGACAGUUUUCUUGCCAUUUUCCAGUUGGUCUAAUAAAAGGUAUCAUUUUGGAACCAAGAGUUCUUGUUUUUUGUGGGUGAAUCUGAAAUUCAGUAUGAUUGUAGGGAGAAUAUCUUCAUCACAAAUCUCAAAGCACACUGUUUCUGUACUGCGCUGCCAUGUUUUAAAACUUGUAUUUCAAAUUGCUAGUGAUUCAUGAUAUUCAGGCAACAAAGUGAAGAAUGGAUUCUUGUAAAUAAAUGUGGAAGUUGCAAUAAGAACAUUUGUAUUGCAAGAUGCUCUUUCAGUGCAACAGGUUUGCUACA